ACAGGUGAGAAGCCUCAUUCUUGUAGCACCUGUGGGAAAAGCUACGCUACGAUGGUAUACUUGAAAAUUCACAUGAGAAUACACACAGGUGAGAGGCCAUAUUGUUGUAUUACAUGUGGAAGAAGAUUUAGUAAUUUAACAGGAUUCAAAAAUCACAUGAAAAUUCACUCAGGUGAGAAGCGACAUGCUUGUAGCACCUGCGGGAAAGGUUUCAUUCAGCUGCAAAACCUGAAAAGGCAUAUGAGAACUCACACAGGUGAGAGGCCAUUUUCUUGUAGCACCUGUGGGAAAGGAUUUUGUGGCCUGUCCGGUUUAAAAAGACAUAUGACAGUACACACAGGUGAGAGGCCGUAUUCUUGUAGCACCUGUGGGAAAUCAUUUAGAGAAUUAUCAACAUUAAAAACUCACAUGCGAAUUCACACAGGUGAGAAGCCAUAUUCGUGCGCCACCUGCGGGAAAAGUUUCAUUCAGUUGGCACAGUUGCAAAAUCACCUGCGAAUUCACACAGGCGAGAAGCCAUAUUUGUGUAGUACCUGUGGGAAAAGAUUCCGUAAUGUUACGAACAUGAAAUCUCACAUGACAAGUCACAUGACGACUGGUUAAAAGUUUCCUGCUUAAGAAAUGUGUCAGUGUAGCAUGUGUGUUAAUAGUAGAGCCAGCAAUGACAGUGCAAAUCACACCUGUGGGAUAAAAUAUGAUUAUCCCACAGGUAUUAUUCAGCUCAAUAUGGCAUAUAUUUAUUUUACACAAUAACUAACUGUAACAAUUGUUUAUUCUAUUAAUUGUCUUAUUCAUAUGAUGCAGGGGAAACCCUGGUUUUAUAUUUGUCUGAAUUCAUAUUUUUAUUGUUUUAGGCUGUAGAGGUGACAAGCACAAGCUGUAGAUAAACUUCUUCCACUAAACAGCUUUGUUAUAGAGAAAGAAGCUUAUAUAAGUUUUUUUUUUGUCACUUGUUGCUUAUUAUGGCAAAUAUUUAAUUUCUCUGUUGUUCAGAGGUUUCACUGCACAAUAUUAAAAGCAGGGAUGUGUCACACAGAAGACACAAAUAUAUCAUUAUGAACUUGAUGUUCAUUUUCAUGAAGAUGCUGAAGGGUUUUGAGUUUUAUAAGGUUUAAAUAAAGAUGUGUUUUAAAGUCAUGACUUUUUUCUGAGUUGUAAAGUGAAGUCCCUACAGUAAUAGAGAGAAAACGCCAACAGUCACAUGUCCUUCUAUAAACAACAACUUGGUGUAAGUGGGAAGGAAAAACUCUACAUGCAGUGGUGCCAACAUUAGCCAUGUUAAAAUGUUACCAUUAACAGGUGGUCAGGCUGUCCACAGGCAAAGACUCGGAGAUUUGGCUCUCCAUUUCACAGCAGAGUCCUUUCACAUUCUUCACAUAUCCACGUUGGCCAGAGUGUAGAAACAGCCGCUGAAUGGCAUUUGUCAAAUGAGGGGUUUUUUGAAAAGUUAAAUCCUUUUUUUGUGAAAUCCAUUUUCGAUUUGACGUAUUUAUCAAUG